CCGCCCUCCUCCCUGCCCGCGCUCCGCCCGCCGCGCCCGGCGCCGCCGCCACCAUGAUGGAGGAGAUGGGCCGGUUCCAGGUGCCCGCCGUGCGCGCUGGAGAUGCAGCCGCUGGAUCCAACAGCUGCAGCAAUUUCGGACAGAGAUUGUGACACGAGAGAGGGAGAGACUGUAGCCAUGAACUAUAAGCCAUCCCCACUUCAAGUGAAAUUAGAGAAGCAGAGGGAGCUGGCUCGGAAGGGCUCCCUGAAGAAUGGCAACAUGGGAAGCCCAGUGAAUCAGCAGCCCAAGAAGAACAACGUGAUGGCACGAACAAGGCUCGUCGUUCCCAAUAAGGGCUAUUCUUCGCUAGACCAGAGUCCAGAUGAGAAGCCACUGGUAGCCCUGGAUACGGACAGUGAUGAUGACUUUGAUAUGUCCAGAUAUUCCUCCUCGGGAUACUCAUCAGCUGAGCAGAUCAACCAAGACUUGAACAUCCAGCUGCUAAAGGAUGGGUACCGGUUAGAUGAGAUCCCGGAUGACGAGGACCUCGACCUAAUCCCCCCUAAAUCGGUCAACCCUACCUGCAUGUGUUGCCAAGCCACCUCCUCCACCGCCUGUCACAUCCAGUAGUGAGGCCGGCAGGCUGUGAUCAGUGCUUUCCACUAUAACUGUAAAACUUAACAGCCAUUGCUUCCUCCUAUGGUAGGACGUGCACCUCUUUGUGUUCAUGGAGCCAGGAGAAACCAAAAAAUUCAUUUUAUGAUUGGUGGAUAAGUUAUUUUAAACUAUGGUUAAACAAAAGAGAAGUUGCUCAAAGUGCCAGGUAAUGCCUGGCAGGACUGACUGGUCUGGAGAGCGAAUGCAGAGGGGUCCAGAGAUACCUCCUUGAUUUGUUUAGGCACUGGGGAUAUUUUGUAAAGUGUCUUUUCCAGAAUGGGAAGGGUUCAGAUGGGGCUUCAGGUGAUCCUGCCCACUGAAACCAGUCCAUCUGCAAGAUUAGCAUGAGUUGGAGGUAUCAAAAUGUUUUACCAAUGAGAGGAAGUCAGUUCUUAAUUCAUUCACUAAACCUGCUUCAUUUACAUAACCAAAAUGAUACUAUAACUGGGGCACAGGAAUGGGAACGGACCAGGGCAUCCUUUCUUAUGGCAAGGCUAGCCAGGACUAGCAUGACACAAUUCAUUCACUUGCAAAAGGGACAAAUAGGUGACAUUUCACUGUGAGUCAGUACUAGCUAGAGCUGUUUUGUCACAAAGCCAAUGCAAUCUACCCUUAGCGCCACAUUAAAUUAUCACCAAACGCAUCAGAUUCGAUGUGCAAUCCAUCUGUGCACUUCAGGGAUUCACUCCUUGCCCAGGAAUACCAAUCAUACUCAUGAGUUUAGUUCAGUCAUGUAUUCUGACUUCAGCCUUUACUUAGUUCCCGUGCAACCCGUCUCUUUCCAAAAAUCUUAAACUUUGUUCAACUAAGAAGUAGUGAGUCCUGCACAAGACUAGAGCUGUACAGUCUGAACAUCAAUGAUAGAAAAGCUAGUGUAAGAAAGUGCAUUUUAACAGUGCUUGACUCUUGAUAAUCUCUUGAUCGUAUGUCUCUUGGUGCCUGUGGGAGAGAUUCAUUAAUGCUGAAGUCAUCUGUGUGGUGGUGACGUUGUCGGGGAAGUUGUCAGCAACAGAAGGGUUAUGAACAGCUUCGGCUGAAAAAUACCCAUUAAAGGAAAGUACAGUUUAUCCCAUCUCUGCCCACUUGUGAACCAGACAUGGUCUGUGUUAAGAGUUGUCCCAUGUCAUAGCAGAUGUGUUUAUUUGGUGCUGGAAUAGUCAGGAAACCUGGUGUAACAUUAGGUUGCUGGUCUGAGUUGCCCAGUUCACCAGCAGAGUGUUUUGAAAGCAGAAUCACGUUGUAGUUAGGAAAUGUGCCCUCUCCCUGGCCAGUCUUACACUGAUGGCUUCAGCAUCUGCAAGGGAUGGGCUGGCAUUUUUCUCAGUGUUGAAAUCUUUUGCCACAGGCACGACUGUGUGUUUUCCUGCCCUGCCAGGAGGAGGGACCACCUGCCUUGGGUCAUCACUUGCAUUGUAGCCUGGGGAACGGAAAAUGUGAGGGCAGUUCUGAGCUUCCCAUCACAAUUUCUGAGUCACAAGGCAGAACCUGAGUUCCACCACAAGAGACACAUCCUCCAUCUGAAAUCUGCAUGAAGUGAGCUGAACCUUUAAGUCCUAUUCAUUAUUAGGAAGAGGUUUGUUUAACAUUCCUGGGGAUUCACUUUGUGCAGUGCAAAGCUCAAUACAAUCCAUAGCAUGAGUGAAAGAGCAGGUACACAAGAUUCCUGGGCUUUACUAUUCACUAGCAACUUUUAAAGCUGUGCUUAUCCCCCCUCCUUAAAACAGCAUGCUGCCACCCUGGCUCCAGGCCAUAGAAAGAUGACUUGAGUGGUGCUGCUUACUGGGCAUCCCUGCCUCUUCAUGCAGAAGUGCUGGUUAACUUGUCAGCUUCUGUAGGAAUAGUGUUCCUCAAGUGAAUUCAUCCUUUUCUCACCACCUGGUAGUGCUGAGGGGGAAUAUUUCCAAAAUACAGCUUGAAAUGAGGUUAGCAAGUUGUCUGGAGGUAGGGGAAGCACUUUACCAAUGCUGUGUAGAGAGAAGGAUAAAAGGGGAUAACAUUCCUUAAGGAGUCCUUUUAUAAUGGGGAAUGUAGUCAAAACCUAAUAGAAACACCAUAGUCAAACCAAAUCUUACAGGACAUGACCAAGGCUCUUUAAAUCUUAACUCUUCUAAACAGGGACUUUGCAGUUCAUCAUUGGUACCAUGGAAUGUCUUCAUCAUAUUUAUCCUGCAGUUCAGCAUUGGUACCAUAGAAUGUCUUCAUUGCAUUUACCCUCCUGGGUCAGUCUCUGUGCCUUCCAGCCAGGCAGCACAUGCUCAGCCUUUCCCACAGCCCUUGCUCAGGAGCUCGGAGCAUUUCGGUGUGCCUGCUAGAGCAACAAGUCAUCUGCUUUCCUGAGUCAGCCAUGGAGGACUGCAGGUCCCACAGGUCUCCAUCAUGCUGCCAUUGUAGAAUCCUGCAAUCUUGUGGGCUGGAAAAGACCCUUAAGAUCAUUGAGUCCAGCCAUAACUGAGCAUUUGUUCUGUUCAGUUGAGGACAGAAUGAGUCUUGCUGACACUGUUACCUCCCAGGGUUAAGGCCUCUCCUCUGAGGGACAGACCUUCAUUUAGUGGUGGACUGGGCAGUGCAGGAUUAACAGUUGGUCUUUUCCAACCUUCAUGAUUCUGUGAUAACCAGUGUCCCAUGGCACCAUGACCAAGUCCUUUUAUUGCCCCUGUUGUUGGGUUUUUUUGCCUGCCAUGUGCCCUGAGGCAUUCCUCAACCCUGCAACUGCCUUCAGCCCUUUGCAUUGUGUGAUGUGCAUCUGCUUCUAGCACAACCCUUUAGGGAAGGAGGGAGGGAGAUGAAUUCAAAUGUUAACAGCCGGUCCUUCCUCCAAAUACAGACUGAAGCACAAGCCACACGUUUUUGCCUGUGCACUGAAGGAGUUGGUUGCACAGACAGCUCUUUUGGCAUGACCAGUACAGGACCAUAAAAUGGCAAUUUUUUGGCUUCUCCUCUCUAUGCUUUGUGUUCAUAUAUUUUAUUAGGGGAAUAAAGUAGAAAGGGUGGGGAUAAGUAGUUACCUGUGUAGAGUCAUUAUCAGAAAGGUUGAGUCGAUUAAGGCAAUGCACAUCUGGCUAUCACAGAAAAUUGAACACUAAUGCUUCUGAACUGCAGCCUCUGAAGCAGGUUAUGAUUGUGGAUGUUUGUUGGCUCGUUAUGGAAUAUGAUGGAUUGCCCACUGGUAUGUAUUAACUACAGAUUAGGCUGGUUCCCUCUGUCUGGUCUGUUGUGUUCAGACCCUUGCUUAAACCAGCAGGUUUUCCUUAUGCCCUCAAAAUCACAGAGUCACAGAAGGUUGGAGGGGACCACAGUGGGGUCAUCUGGUCCAAUCUCUCUGCUCAAGCAACCCUUGCUGGAGGUUAUGCUGUGGUUACUUCCUGGGAAGGUGUAUGUCAUGGCUAUUCUGGCACUGCUCUCCUUAGACCAGCCUGCCACCAUGGCCAGGGGAGGGCAAAAGGAAAGAGCACGGAUCCUGACUUGCUAUUGCAGCGUUUUGAAGCCCUAGAAUCUGCAGAGCUGCUGGGCAUUCUCCAAAAUGCAGACUGCAGGCAAGAAAGAAAAUUGUUCCUUGCUCUGGUCUUUGCACAAAAUGAGAUGGUCUUCUCAGACCCCAAUUUCAAUCCAAAGUUGUACUGAAAACCCAGGGGAGGAACACCACGGAGUAUUAGAUGCUGCUUCACUGUCCAUCAAAAUUACCAUGAAAAUAGGAUUUAAGGAUAUUGAUGCUGGUGCCUCCACAAAGGAAUUUGCAUUUGAUGCCUCUUAAUGCCAGAGUGGCUUUUUGUUAGGAUUUUACGUAAUGUCAGUCACCAAAUUACCUGAGUUAAAGCAAGUCCUUUCCUUUUAUCAGAUGUUAAUCUGACAAAAUAUCAGAUAAUAUCCUUUAAUGUGAGCUGGAUUUGAACUCCAGGGUGUCAGCACUCUGUUCUGUCUCUCUGGUCUGCAAACUCCACAUUUCCAGACGUCUUUGUGAGGAGGAACAUCCUCCUAAUUUUGAGGUAGGAGAUGGCGUGGUCUUGUCUGCUUUUGUGGUGUUUAUAAAUAAACUUCAGCUGAAAGCAGGCUGAUGCCCAGGCGACCAUCCUGGAGGCUCAUCUGAUGUCUGAUCAGACACAUCUUGAAGUCAACCCUUGGAAGAGUCACGGGAUCAUAUCUGACAUUGCUGCAUGCCUGCCCCUAACGUGUGCGCUUGGCCGCUGGGUCUGCGGUGCUCUCCUGGCUGUCCUGCCUGCAGAUGCCUUGGGACUGCAAGGGCAGGUGACCAGGCCUGCUGCAUGGGCUUUGAAAGGGACUUCAGGCAGCUCCCCCAUGGACAGGAUGGACUCAGCUCCUUUGGUUUGUCUCGCUAGCUCUUGUCCCAAAAGGACGUGCCCGUUGUGUUCAGCUGUGUGCUGGCUGACACACGUCUGCAGUCCUGAGCAGGAUCCUUCCCUUUCCAUGCACAGUCUGUCCUUGGGCUGGCCUGCAAGCUGUACGGAGCACGCAGGAGGCUUAAAAAGUGCAGUGCCCUGUGUGUGACUCAACAGAAACAUGAAGAUGCUUUUGAAGAAAGGAAGGACCCAGCUGGGCAACAGAUGGAACAACAGGAAAAGGAAAACAAGUAACUAGAAAGAUUGCCAAGUGCUAUAUUGGCCUAGAGCAGAUCCCAAUUGUCUGAGUUAAUCUGUCUCAGUGCAGUGAUGAUGCCAGCAGGGAGCAAAGCUCACUUUCAGAUGUACACACCAGAAACACCAUGUGCCUGAGCUGGCACUGCAGCCAAAUACAACCCCGGAAGGUCUGCUGGACUGUGAGAACACAGAAAUGAGAUCUGGGGUCCCUUGCUGCUGUUGGCACUUGGUAUUUGCUCUAACCUCAGGCAGGUCACAUCCCCUCUCAAUGUCCAUUCCCUUCUGUAGCAUGGAGGAGAAACCUGUCUUCCCAAGAUGGGACCACCACCCUGCAUGGACGUUUCUGAGUGUAUGACAGGCACCAGUGAUAGGAUAGCUCUGCAAGCAGGAUGUAAAUACUAUGCUACAGAAAUUUAAUGCCUGUUUUCAGAGUAAUACUCUGCUUUCCCUCUGUUUUACCAGUUGGUGAUGUUGCUCACACGGGCCAGAAGGCAGUGGGGUGAAGGUUAGUGGAGAGAUUAAACAACUAUGGAAGAAGAUGUUUGGCAAGGAUGUGUUUUCCAGUCAUUUGGCAGCUGACUCUCAUACAACUGGCUUCUAAGUUUGCCUGCCUGCUGCUGGAGGGAACAUGGAAGAAGAUUUGUUGGCCCAACAGCACCAUCCAUUGAUAGCAGAAUUAAGGAAUUUAGAAGUGCAGCUUGGGAUGGCAAGUACUGAUGAGGGGGAACAGAGCAUUGAAAGGCUCAUUUUUGGGAUAUUCUGACAGCAGUUUCAUGCUCUUGCUUUUAGCAACCAUCUCAGCAAUUAAACUGGUAGUUUUGCCUGGGCUCCUCCUUUACUUUUCCAUUUUCACUUCAAACCCACGUGGGAUUUGACCCCUCUUACCUAGAAUGCAGUAGGCUUUGUGACCUGGCUGCUGCUCAGCUCAGCAAGCUUGGGCUGCAUGUUCAAAAGAAGCAUCUGCAUAGAGAGGCAGUGCCACAGGGUGAGAUGGGCUAGCUGGGAAGGCAUGGAAGGGUCUUCAUUUUAAGGUGCUUUUCAGUUCUAGGCAUCCUUGUCACUUCCUCUCAAGACUGCUGUGAGAGGGAUUGCUCCAAACCUUGAACCACAUCUCAUGACACAAACAUGUUACAGAACCAUGCAAGUUCUGAAGCAGAAGGGCCAGCAAUGUAGCAUAGAGGGAGACUCUGUGACCUGGAAUUACCUACAGAAGAUUAAUAGAGCUUUCUCACAGGGGCUGUCAUCCAUAUCUUAACUCCUUGUAUUUAUGCAGCUGAGCCACUGCAUUUCUUCCCAACAAAUUACAGCUACAUCCCUUCCUUUGCUCUACUUGACAUUGCUGGCAAUCCCAGGAUGAAAGCAGCUAAAUACUGCUUGGCUGAGCACUGCUUUGACAGCUUGGUGGGGAGGCAAAGGCUGGGACUAACUGGAAUUACACGGAGCAGAGCACUGUGGCCCACACAGCCAUGCAGCCAAGAUAUGUCACAGAGCAGCAUGGACACAGGCAGCACAGGCUGUACCUUUCCCUGCUGCUUGUGGAGAGCAGCUUUUCCCAUUGCUUCCCAGACCCAUUUGCCACUUGUGGUGACUUCAAGCCUUUUGCUUUCUCUAAAAAGUUGCUCCAACAAAAGAUGAAUUUACUUCUGGAAGGUGCCCACCUCACUGAUGGCACCUGGUCUGUUGAGCCAUUUCCACAGUAACAAAUUCAUGAUAUGGGCAUUGGGAUUGGAUCAAGGACUGGAAAGUACAAAAUAAACCUCAUUAAAAUAUGACUGUCUCAGACAUGUCUCUGGAAAGCAGCACAGUAGGCACUAGGAAAAGAAAAGGUCACCCAGAGGCCAUGCUGAGAUAAGUCCUGUUACCUGAUGAGAUUUUUACUUUCCCAGAGCAGCAUUUCUCCCCUAGUUGCUCAUCCAUCUGUCUCAGGUGAGCUCUCCAGGAAGCAUUGCUCUUUGUCUAAGCUGUCUUCUUGCUUCUGCUGCCCAAAUAAGCUGCGACUCCAUUUGUUGCCCACCUUCCUCUGUGAUUUGGGAGACACAGUUUGUUGAGAGAUGUAAUACAGACACAUGGAAAGAGCUGAAAAACUCAGUCAAGCACUCUUCUUGAUAGAUCUUAUGUUUUUUAUCACCUUUCUAUCCAUCCCCAGUUCACAGGUUUCUUUGCUCAGUUUCUUUGCAUGGAAAAGCUGUGGUAGCAGCUGUGUUUGGCUUGUAGCUGUCUGUGUCCUGAGACAAACGCCAAGCAAACAUCAGACCAGUGGGAAAUCCAAUGAACAGGGUGAGGUGUGAGCCAGAAGGCAGGCUGGGAUUCCUCUUCAUCCACCUGAUGAUUGUGAGGGUAAGGGUGAGGGUUCACCAGGCUGGUGACAUCAAGCCAGCUGAGCCAGCCUUCACCUUCCUACUCUCAGUCCUGUGAGAGGUGUGGGGCCCACACACCAGGUCACAGACCUGCCAGCCCAGGUGCUCCUGGUGCAGGCUGGAGACCUGCAGCAGAGGUGACAGUGGGAAGCCUGCUGGCUGUGCUCUUGCUGCACUGGGACAGGGGCUGUAAGACACGCUGGUGGGGCUGUAGUUCUGCCUGGAGAAAGACUCUUGUGGAGACAAUUCAGAAUUUCUACACACACACAUACUCUUUUUGCACUCUUUAAACCAUUUUUACUCCUUCCACAGAGGUCGUUGAACCUUCAGUUUAGUAAAGCAAAUGAGCUGCCAUUGAAUAGCUUUCUGAAGGAUCUGAAAGCAGGUGCUCCCUGGUGUGCAGAGCUGGUCUGUGCCUAACAUGAUUUCCAGACCUCACUGUAUGACCUAAAGCAGAAUCACCCCAUGGCUGAGUGAGGACUGGAGUGGGAGAGUCGGCACUGGACAUCAUGCCAAACAGCCAUGGCUUCCCAAACUGAAGCAGAAUCAGAUCAGGAAGUGGGGGAAGGAGCAGCAGCAGUAGAAGGAUAGCUAGUUGUCACAGGUAAUCUUCGGUAUCCGUGUCCAGUGGUUAGUGCUAGAAUUGCAAGCCUUGUUAUAUUGCACACACGUCCUCCUUCCACUCCCCUUUUCUCAAAGCAGCCGUCACCUCUCCUCCCACCGCCCCAUGCGCUAGUGGUGAGCAUCAGAGGCAGUUGCACCAAAGUGAUUCUCAGCCCAGUUCUGCAUCCCGCUUUCCCACCUGAACCCAAAGCAGCUUGGACAGUUGUUGGCCUGUGCCAGUCCAGUGAUUGCAGCUGGGUUUCUUUCCUUGUGUACCAUGGCUUCCUUCCCACACACUCUAGCAGGGCAGUACAGGAGGAUGUGACUGUGUCCCAGGAAGCUUCUUUGCCCCCAGCAGCACCUUGCAGACAUGCACCUUAUUGGGAAUGUUGAUGCUGGUGAGAUCUGGCGCUGCCGGUCUUGCAUGGGUGGCAGCUGAUGGGGAUCCACCUGGGGAAGUUGGCAGAAAGUGGCUACUGUCCCUUUUCUUUUCUUUUUUGAGGGAGAAGGGGAUAUUUUGGCAUUAUGAUUAUUGUCCACCUUCCAGUGGCCAAGUUCUGGGCUGCAUUAAUAAUUGGGGUUAAUUGGCUGUCCAGGCAGGUGUGGAGCUUUGCACCAAUCUUAAUAGCAAAUAUUGUGGCCGUAUCCAGAGCCUGGAUACAGGAUGGGUUUCUCCCAUGCUGGCAAAGUACUUUCAGCAGGCUCCAGAUGGACAUUUCUGGCAGACAGAAAAACAGCACUCCUCCAAGUCUGGAUCAAAUCUUCACUUCCAUUUUGUGUCCUCAGCAUGGAAAAAAACCUCAACCUGAGCAAAUGCUUUCCAGGUCUCCGUCCCCCCUGUGGUGCCUGGCAACCCAGGGGAGGGGAUGUCCAGAGGCAUUUCAGGAUCACCAAAAGCAAGAUCCCUUUUGGAUUUAUUUAAUGGAAUUACAUUUCAGGAGGAGAGACCUCCCAACCUUUGUGUUAAUCUCAAGAGCAGGAGAUGAAUUUCUGGCUGUCCUUGCAUAUAGUGAAACAUAGCUGAAACAGCCAAAUGCAAAUAGAGUUAAAUGUAGGGUUUGACCUGAAUAACCUUUUAAUUAGGAAAAUAAAUUUGUUGUAGCUUGACCUUAGUCCUUGUUAGGAACCUGCUAAUCAUUUGACAUGCAGAGUGUAUUAAUGCUGCACUUAACUUGGCCAUUGGUUUUAUUAUCUGGUUUUGGGAGUUUUUUCACUCCCGAAGCAUCAAUCUGCAUCUUGUAUGGGUUUUCUUUUCUUUCUUUUUUUCCUGUUCAGAUCAUGUAGCACACUAUUGUACUUUUGUUCCUGUCUGUGUAGAGUAUUGCCUUAAACAGAUCAGUUGUGUUGUGGUUUGUUUUGGGUUUUCUCUUUUCUACCAUCAGUUUUAUGCAUUAAUUUAUUUAAAAAUGUGGGAGUUGUUUUUUUUUUUUUUUCAAAAACACGAAACAUGUAUAAUAUUUUUUUUUAACAUUUCCAUUGCAGUAUUUAUCAUUGUUACUGGUUGUGUGUAGUGUAACGGAAUUAAUGAUAUUAAAAAGCAUACAUAUGAAAA